AUUACUGAUUGUCAACAAACAAAGAGAUCUGUGUUCCGAAUACUCUAUGACUAUUACCUCGUGUAGAGUAAUAGAAACGCGAAGAAAGAAGUUUAAAUUUAUUUAACUUUCCAUAAUUUGUAAAUUGCAUGACAAUAACAGUUCAACAGCCAUGAUUUCCAUUGGAAGGACUGUGAUCACAGUAUUAACAAAAAUGAGUGAUGUAUCUUAUAAAUUAUAUAAACGUCCAUUUACCGUAUGUAUAGAGGGAAAUAUUGGAAGCGGUAAAACAACAUUUCUAAGUCAUUUUAAAAAAUUCAACAAUACAACAGUUUUACAAGAACCUGUAGAACUUUGGCGUAAUGUUUCUGGGACUAACUUACUAGAAUUAAUGUACAGUGAUCCUAUUCGGUAUAGCUUUCUAUUUCAAUCCUACGUGCAAUUAACAAUGCUUCAAUUGCAUACACAUAAAACUCCACAUCCAUAUAAAAUUAUGGAAAGAUCUGUAUAUAGUGCAAGAUGUUUUAUUGAAAAUAUGAAACGUACAAACUUGUUACGAGAUGUAGAAGUUAAUGUUUUAGAAGAUUGGUAUGACUGGUGCAUAAAAAGUACUAAUAUAGAAACAGAUUUAAUAGUAUAUUUAAGAACAUCCCCAAAUAUUGUACAUGGAAGGAUGAAAAAAAGAGGAAGAAUGGAAGAAAAUUCUGUAUCGUUAGAAUAUUUAAAACAAAUUCAUGAUAUUCAUGAUGAAUGGCUUUAUUAUCAGACAUUAUUUACUUUACCAGCACCAGUUUUAGUAUUAGAUGGAAACAAAACUCUAGAAGAGAUGGUAAUGGAGUUUGAAUAUUGCAAAAACCACAUUUUUGGUAAAAGAAUAGAAGACAAAACAGCUGCAAAAAAUGUAAUUUGUAAACCAGCUUCAAUAUAUCCAAUCAAUGAAUGGAAAUAACAAUGACAAGAGUCAUUAUGUAUUUAAAUUUACCUAAUUUAUUUUUUUAUUGAAUGUCUUGUACAAACGAAUGUAUCUUAUUCUUCUUUGUACAAUUCUGAUCGAUAAUUAUAUAUACACAACCAAUGGAGUUUUAAACAAAGUCAGUUACCAAAAGUUUCAGUUGUAUAUAAAUUUCAUAAAUGUGUACAAAUUUUGCAAGUAUUGCGUAUCCAUAUACAUACAUUUGAUAUUGUCAUAUACUCAAAAAGUGAAAUAAUACUAAAUAUCAUUAAUUGCUAAGUAAUAUCGAAUUUUAAUUUAUUUUUUAGUAACUACGAAUUUA